UUUAUUAUAUAUAAGGUCAAAAGCGAUCAACAUUUUCACUUUGAUAAUAUACAUCAAGAAUAUUAGACGUGUCUUCCUUAAUUUUGAAAGAUGAAGAAAUUUCUACGUGAUCUAGGAAUUGCGCUAAUUCUUUGUUUUGGUUUACAUACAAUAUUAGGAACAUGUGAUUUAGAACAAUCACAAGGCACGAAAUUACGAUUAGUGAGCGUGAUAUUCAGACAUGGCGAUCGUACGGCAGAUGUUCAAAAAAAUGAAUCUUAUCCAAAUGAUCCAUAUAAAGAUUAUGGCUAUUAUCCAUAUGGUAAUGGUCAAUUAACUAAUGUCGGCAAGAAGAGAGUGCAUCAAUUAGGAUUGAUGUUAAAAAAUAGAUACAACAGUUUUCUCGGAAAUAUGUACUAUCAGCCAUAUAUCUAUGCACGGAGCACAAUGUUCCCUAGGACCAAAAUGAGUUUACUAUUAGUUUUUGCAGCACUUUAUCCACCUACUGACAUGCAAAAGUGGAAUCCACUGCUUCUUUGGCAACCAGUGGAUUUUACGUACAUUAAUAUAACUCAUGAUCAGCUGUUGUUUCCAAUUCAGUGCCCUGUAUAUAUCCGACUCUAUAACGACAUGGUAGAAAAUAAUAUAACAGUAAAAGAAAAAAUAGCAAAGUUUGCUGGUAUAAUGAAAGAACUAUCGAUCUACACAGGAAAAAAUAUGACGACAAUGUUUCAUCUCAAUCUUUUAUAUCAGACUUUACUUGCAGAAGAAUCUUUUGGACUACAUUUACCAAAGUGGACACAAGACUUAUUUCCAAAUGGCGCACUUUUGGAUGCUGCGAUUUUACAAUUUAAUCUAUUUAGUUACGGCACAUUAUUAAAUAAACUUAAUGGAGGUAUAUUAUUACGCAGAAUAAUUAACGAUAUGAAUGAAGUGAUCAAUGGAACUUUAAAAGAUCGAAAGCUCAAUCUUUUUUCUGGACACGAUAUAAAUGUGGCCGCAAUAUCGCACGCUUUAAAUAUAUUCUGUGAACAUGUUCCACAAUACACGAGCAGUAUUAUCAUAGAAUUGCAUGAAAAAAAUAGCAAGUUUUUUGUUAAAGUGGUACAUUAUUUAGGCAUUCCACCAAUAAUAAUAGAAAAACGCAUUCCCGGCUGUGAAAUAUUAUGCCCAUACGAUAAAUUCAUUCAAUUAACAUUGACAUCAACUGCGACGAACGAAGAAUUGGAGUGUCCAGAACUAAUGGCCGUCAAUUUUGAUUUUUAAUUGUUUUUAUUAAUUUUUUUUACGAUAUAAUAAUUCGUAUCACGAAUGUUAUUCGCGGCGUUAUUUGUGACAAUCCCAGCACCCACUGACUUAUUUUAUAAAAACAUCGCCGGUGCGGACUCUACCACCCAAGGAUGACAGUCUCAGCACUUACCGGCUUAUUUUAUAAAAACAUAGUUGAUGCGGACUCUGUCACCCAAGGAUGACAAUCCCAUCGGCUUGUUUUAUAAAACAAUAAUUAAUAAGAAAAUAUUACUGUGUUUAAAAAAACAUAAAAAUAUUUAUAAAAAAUCAGAGUCCGGUGCAGACUCUAUGAUCCAAGGAAGACAGUCCCAGCACCGGCUUGUUUAUACCAAAUACAUUUAUCAGAUAAUAAUUUUUGGGUUUAUUAGAUACAUAA